AUGAACGUGAUAUUUUCACUAGUGGUCAAUAUCCAUCCACCGUGUCAAUUGUUCUCGCACGUUAUCCUUUAUGUCGCUACAAACACCGACUCCCUCGACUACAACAUUUACGAACCGACCAAUGUGCUCCGUUGGCGCAGUUGGUUAGCGCGUGGUACUUAUAAGAUUGAGAAAUGCCGA